AUUGGAAGAUGAUUAUGUAACUCUGUCUCUUAACGAUCGGUCGCAAAUGGUUGAAUACCCCAAAAAGUUUGAUUGACAGGCUCUCUGCGAGCCUUUAUAUAAGAGGAGGGAGGUUGUGCCUCAUUCAGUCACCGUUGUGCCUAAAGUCCUGCAGGCUGUGGAUGUAGUGAACCAAAGUGGACUUUACGCUUUUUACGCACGAGGUUUACAGGAGAUACCAUUUCUCAUUUAUUUAAUCAUCGGCUUUCCCCCCUACCCCCCAACCCCCGAUUUCCCUUUUUUUUAAUUUUUGAGUUGUCGGAUAUCUGACUGAAUCUACAAAAUUAAGACAGUAUAUGCCAGGAGAUAUGAUACUCAGGAGAAGCCUCUUCUUGCUCUUAUCCUUUUAUUUCCUCCACGCAUUACCACAAGAUGGUGAGCAGGAGGACGAGACAUCAUUUGACUUGUUUGAAAUCACCCAAAUCACUCGCAAGACUCUGGGGGCCAAACAGUUCCGGGGUCAAGACUCAGAUGCCCCUGCUUACCGCUUCAUACGCUUCGACCACCUGCCUCCAGUGAGCCCCCCCAUACUUAAACAAAUACUACGUCAGAUCCAAAACAAUGAGGGCUUUGUGUUUGUGGCCAGCAUACGCCAGGACCGGGCCUCGAGGGGUACCCUGAUUGGUUUAGAAGGCCCUGAUGGUAGGCGGCAGUUUGAGAUUGUAUCCAACGGACGGGCAAACACUCUGGACCUAGCAUACUGGGUGGACGGCUCCCAGAAUGUGGUUUCAUUUGAGGAUGUGGACCUGUCUGACUCACAGUGGAAGAAUAUCACACUUCAUGUUCAUGGGGAGAAUGCAAACCUGUUUGUAGGCUGCAGCCUGAUAGACGGCUUCAUCCUGGAUGAGCCUUUCUAUGAGCACCUGCAGGCAGAGGGAAGCCGAAUGUAUGUGGCAAAGGGAUCCACGAGGGAAAACCACUUCAGGGGCCUCAUGCAGAAUGUGCGUUUAAUCUUCGACACCCCAGUGGAAGAUGUCCUGGUGAGCAGAGACUGUGAGGUCCCUAAACAAGAUGAUGCCAAUAUUGUAAGCGAGAGCACAGAAAUUGUGGAUGUGAGUCCCUCAAUCACUACAAACAUCAUCGGUCAGAAGACAGAUGAUCUGGGCGCAGAUAUGUGUGAACGCUCCUGCGAGGAACUUAGCACCAUGUUCCAGGAGCUCAAAGGCCUACGUGUUGUCGUCAGCAACCUGAUUGAUGGCUUGCAAAAAGUGACUGAGGAGAACACAGUCAUGAAGGAGGCCCUUGGGAGGAUGAAGAACUCUAAAGAGAAAAACAUGUGCUGGCAGGAUGGCCGCCUGUUUGAUGAUAAGGAAGACUGGGUUGUAGACAGCUGCACCAAAUGUACCUGCCAGGAGUCCAAGAUUGUGUGUCACCAAAUUACAUGCCCCGCUGUGGCCUGUGCAAGCCCGUCAUUUAUCGAUGGUGAUUGCUGCCCAGUCUGUAUGCCUAAAGACAGUGAGGAUGGCUGGUCCCCCUGGUCAGAGUGGACAGAGUGCACAGUCACCUGCGGGAUAGGAACUCAACAGAGGGGUCGGUCUUGUGAUGCAACCAGCAACCCCUGCACUGGACCAUCUAUUCAGACCCGCAAGUGCAGCCUGGGCAAAUGUGACAGCCGUGUUCGGCAGGAUGGAGGGUGGAGUUUGUGGUCACCGUGGUCGUCCUGCUCAGGGACCUGUGGAGAAGGACAGAUCACCAGGAUACGACACUGCAAUGCUCCCGUGCCACAACUGGGGGGUAAAGACUGCGAGGGAAGUGGGAGAGAGACUCAGCGCUGCACUGCCAAGCCCUGCCCUAUUGAUGGUGGUUGGGGUCCUUGGUCUCCAUGGGCAAUCUGUUCAGCAACAUGUGGAGGAGGAGUCAAAAGUCGGGCACGUGUGUGCAACAGCCCUGAACCUGAGCACGGUGGCAGGAAGUGUAUUGGGGAGGCCGUUGACAGUGACAGCUGUAACAAAAAAGCCUGUCCUAUUGAUGGCUGUCUGUCCAACCCAUGCUUUGGGGGUGUGGAUUGCAACAGCUCUCCAGAUGGAUCCUGGGAAUGUGGCCCAUGCCCUACUGGUUUCCGUGGAAAUGGUACCCACUGUGAAGACAUCAAUGAGUGUGACAUGGUUACUGAUGUUUGCUACAAAGUGAGUGGAAUGCAGCGCUGCGUCAACACCGAUCCAGGUUUCCACUGCCUGCCCUGUCCGAAGCGCUACAAGGGCACUCAGCCUUUUGGUAUGGGUGUGGAGGCUGCCAAAAAGAACAAACAGGUGUGUGAGCCAGAGAACCCAUGCAAGGACAAGACCCACAACUGUCACAAAUAUGCUGAAUGCAUCUACAUCAGCCACUUCAGUGACCCUAUGUACAAGUGUGAGUGCAAGACUGGUUAUGCUGGAGAAGGCUUCAUUUGUGGAGAAGACUCAGACUUGGAUGGUUGGCCCAAUCAGAACCUUGUGUGUGGUGCCAACGCCACAUAUCACUGCAAGAAGGAUAACUGCCCUAGCCUUCCCAACUCUGGACAAGAAGACUUUGACAAAGACGGUCAAGGAGAUGCUUGUGACAAGGAUGACGACAACGAUGGAAUUCUAGAUGAGAGAGACAACUGCCCCCUACUUUACAAUCCUCGCCAGUUUGACUUUGACAAGGAUGAAGUUGGAGACCGCUGCGACAACUGUCCCUAUGAACACAACCCUGCUCAAAUAGACACCGACAACAAUGGAGAAGGGGACGCCUGUGCAGUGGACAUUGAUGGAGAUGAAAUUCUGAAUGAGAGCGACAACUGCCCCUAUGUGUAUAACACUGAGCAGAAGGACACUGACAUGGAUGGAGUUGGUGACCAGUGUGACAACUGUCCAUUGUUGCACAACCCUGACCAGACAGACAUAGACAAUGACCUGGUUGGAGAUCAGUGUGACAAUAACCAGGACAUUGAUGAGGAUGGCCAUCAGAACAACCUGGACAACUGUCCAUAUGUGGCCAACUCCAACCAGGCUGACCACGACAAGGAUGGCAAAGGAGACGCAUGUGACUAUGAUGAUGAUGAUGAUGGUAUACCUGACGACAGGGACAACUGCAGACUGACACCCAACGCAGACCAGCUGGACUCUGAUGGCGAUGGAAGAGGGGAUGCCUGCAAAGAUGACUUUGACAACGACAAUAUCCCAGAUAUUCUUGAUGUGUGUCCUGAGAACAAUGCCAUCAGUGUCACAGACUUCAGGAAGUUCCAGAUGGUCCACUUGGAUCCAAAGGGAACCACUCAAAUUGAUCCCAACUGGGUGGUCAGACACCAGGGCAAAGAGCUGGUUCAGACUGCCAACUCUGACCCAGGCAUUGCAGUAGGUUUUGACGAGUUCAACGCUGUGGACUUCAGUGGAACAAUGUACGUGAACACGGACAGAGAUGAUGACUAUGCAGGCUUUGUGUUUGGCUAUCAGUCAAGUGGCCGCUUUUAUGUAGUGAUGUGGAAGCAGAUCACACAGACCUACUGGGAGGACAAGCCCUCCAAAGCAUUCGGCAUCUCUGGUGUUUCACUCAAAGUCGUCAACUCCACCACUGGAACCGGAGAAAACCUCCGAAAUGCUUUGUGGCACACAGGCAACACUGUUGGACAGGUGAGGACUCUGUGGCAUGACCCCAAAAACAUUGGGUGGAAGGACUACACAGCUUACAGGUGGCAUCUCAUCCACAGACCAAAGACUGGUUUUAUAAGGGUCGUGGUCUACGAAGGUAAACAAAUCAUGGCUGACUCAGGACCAGUUUAUGACAAGACGUUUGCCGGAGGAAGGUUAGGCUUGUUUGUCUUCUCGCAAGAGCUGGUGUUCUUCUCCGACCUCAAGUAUGAGUGCAGAGAUAAGCCGACGUUGCCAACAGUGUUCAUAAGAUAACUGAAACAAGUCUGAUAGAAAAAAGAACAUCACAAGGCAAUAGACAAGCAUCUCUCAAAGUAAACAUCAUGUCAUCACUUAAUCCAUUUGUAAGGUAAAUGAUACUUUCCAUACUGUCCAUGCUUUGACUUGAUCCAUCCACUUGGGAGGCAACCAUGGCCGAUUCCAGUUUUCCUGUUAACUUAUAUACAUUUCCCAUGCUUGGAAAGAGAAACUGAUGAGAAUGGACGAGUUUAAAAAAAAUCUAAAAGCAGAUUAUCUAAUUAUAACUUGUGUACCUAUGUCUACAUUUUAAAGGGUUCAUUGUGCAACCACUUACAAGCUGUAUAUUCUUUUCUACAGUUUCUUGUAACUUGUACGUGGUUUAGUUCUCUAUCUUUAAUAUGUUUCUGUCUGUUUGGGAUUAAGAAGCUCAUUCAUGGCUAACCACAGUGUCUGACAAACAUAAACUGUAACCAAAGCAUAAUCAUUUAGUUGUUUCAGGUCCAAAUGGUUUCUCAUCAUUCUUUUCAUUCUGAAUGUCUUUUUUUAUUAAUGGGGAACUAUUUUAGUAAAUGCCAAAGAUGUUUAUACUAAGUCUGUAUUAUAAUUCCUUUUGUAAAUUAUUUAUGCUCUGCUUAUUUGUUUGUUUGCAUUUUUUGCUAGAGUUUGUAAAUAAUUAUUUAUUUGUUUACACUGACAAAACUCAUAAUUGAAUAUCACAAACGUCAAGAUAACACAUUAUAGUACUGCGAGAUUUUUAGUCAUGCAUUUCCUUUACUUGUUAGUUUUUCAAAUAUUUCACAUGAACUGUAGCAUAAAGCUUUGGAGAGGUUUUUUAAGUCAUCAUUAAAUACACACAGCAUUUGUGUAUGUAUGUGAUAGUAGCUGCCAGAGGAAGUUCAUUUGUGUGUGGGUAACAAACAGCCACUGUUUCUUUUCCUGGCUGUCCCGACAUGGCUUUAUUGUCCUCAAAGUGAUAUAUCCCUGUGAUACACUUGGACCAGGUUUUACGUACUUUAUGUCUAAAUUAGCUUUUAAAUUGGGUUGCAAAUUGGGCUACUGGCACUGCAGCAAGCCCUCUUUAACGUGUAAUGCGUCUACAAUGAAAGAAAAAUGUAGAUCAGUGUUUUCACAUAAGUUUUAUAGGUAAUGAAAUGAAUUGCAGUUUAAGUGCCUGAUUCCUGGUAGAUCUAAUGUGUGUACCAAGCACCAAGUGACAUCACAUCAACAGCUGACGGUCUGAGGUUCAGUAGUCAGCCAUUGCGUGUGAUGGAGUCAUGAGGAUCAAAUACAGUGACACAAUUUAUACAAAUUAUUUUUUCAUUCAUAUGUUAGUCACAAAUAUCACUUUUGGAUGUCGAUGAAACUUUACAGUGUUGGUUGAAAUGGAAUCCAGAUAAAGUUCUCUAAAAACAAA